UUUGAAUUUUUUUUAAAUAGUAAACUAUUACCGAAUUAACUUUUAGAUAUAAUAUAAAAUAUAAAACAAGGAACAAAGAUAGUUUUCAUAUCUUUGUAUCCCUAAUUAAAAAAAAAAAAUAAAAAAAAUAAUUGUGUCAAAUUUUGUUGUGUUCGCAAAAAUGAGUCUGCUUCGUGGAAUAUUAUUGUGCUCAAUUGUGAGUCUGGUAGUGUCACAAGAUUAUCAAGACUUUGAUCCCUCUUCACGUUCAGCACCUCCGCGACUACGUUCGAAUGUGGGAGGAGGUGGUGGUGGUAGUUCGGAAGCAGCAAGAGCUGCACCAGUAGCAAUUUUAAAACAAAUAAAUAGGCAUAAUGAAGAUGGUUCUUAUACCUAUGGAUACGAAGGGGCUGAUGGCUCAUUUAAAAUAGAAACUAAACUUGCAACAGGCGAAGUUAAGGGCAAAUACGGAUAUGUUGAGGAGUCUGGGAAGGUCAGAGUUGUAGAAUAUGGAGCAAAUAAGUAUGGCUUCCAACCUUCAGGGGAGGGUAUAACUGUUGCUCCACCAACUUUGGUUGAUGAAACUACAAACAAGAAUCGAGAGGUUCCAGAUUAUGAAGAUGAAAUUCGACCAAAUCGUCCCUAUGUUCGUCCAAAUCGUCCACAACCAGCUCCCCGUCCACAGCCAAGACCUCAACCUCAAUUCCCUCAGUAUGAUGAUUACGAACAGGAAAAUCGUCAGCAGCAAUAUGCUCCUCCACCACAACAACACUCUCAACCGGCACCAGCCCCACCAAGACUUCAAAUACCAGGUGCUAGACAAACAGAUGUUGUAUAUUCACCUCAGCAACGUCCAGCCCGUCCAGAAUCACAGUUUUCUCAAAGCUCAUUUGGUGGAGAUCAAUCAAAUCUAAGACUUUCCAGGCCAUCAUACGCACCAGUGCCAAGUGGUAAUAGUAUAAAUCAUGAGCCAAUUAGGCCAGUUGUGGAACCUGUUCAAUUUGGUCCACGUUCACAACCACCACCACCACCACCGCAGCAGCCUAGUUAUAGAGCACCACCACCACAACAAUCUCAAGGCAGAAGUAGCCCCAGUUUAUUGGAUCAAUUAGCUAAAGACUAUGCUUUACCACAAACUGAUACGCAACCUCUGCAUGAUAUUUCAUUUGGUUACUAUUAAACCUUAAGCCCUAAGAAAGAGUCUGAACAAAAAAAGCUAAUAAUUAAUAACAUUUAAUUUCAAAGUGAUAAGUUUAUAAAAUAAUUUAAAAUGAAAACAGAAAAAUAUAAUAAGAUUCCUCUUUCUGAAGACCGUGUUUGAGAGUUAGGGUGUAAGUGUAUAAAAACGAAAUUGGAGAAUUGAAUGGUGCAUCAAGAUCAAGUCUUAACCACACCCAAAUGAUAAAAAAAAUAAAUAAAAGAGAGUGGGGAGUUGUAAAUAAAGU